AUGCGGCCUCCAGGGGCGCCCGCCCGGUCCCGAGUCAGGUGCGGGCCGCGAGCUGCCCCGAGUGUCCGGGGGUCCGAGAGCCGGGAGCUGCGGGAGCGCUCGGGGGUUCCCAAGUGUUGGGCACCUGCCGGCAGGACCCCCCCGCCCCCGGACUCCAGGCGUCUCCACUGCUGGUCCCGGUGCCCCAGAUCGAGCUGCCAGCGACGCGUCCGCGCGGCUCUCGGGGGGCUGAGUCUGCACCUGUCGCCCCCAAGGCCAAAUCUUGAUCUUUUCGGGCGACCCCGGGAGGAGCACACAAACCCGCUGGCCCCGAUCGGGUCAGGUCCCGAGCCCGUGAAAAGCGGCUCCGAGACUGGUCAGCGCGUUUCACAGAGAGCGCUUCCCCUGGGAGACCUCUUACGUUGGCUGCGACCCCCCACUCCGCUGAGGGUGCCCUUGUGGGCUCGAACUUCCACGAGGGGACCACCGCCGGGCCUUCUCCCGCACACUACAAUCUCUUCAUCUGGGCCUCCCCACAAGUUCUCUUUUUCAAGACCACCCCAGGCACAAAUAGACCGCAUGGUCACACUUGCAGACAAUUACUCAAUCCCACAGGGACACUGCUGUGGAGCACUAUUGGAUUUAUUUCUGUGUGAACCAUCCAUGGAUGAUCCCCCGUCAAAAAAUAAAGACUUUAAGCCCAGCCAAAGACCCGCUCUCCAAGAGGCAGAGGAGAUUUCUGAGUUCAAGGACACUCAGAACAGUUUAUUUCAAAAUGGCAACAACUCACAUGCAAAGCAGGAACUGCAAAGACUCUAUAAAUCAUUUUACUUCUGGCUGCAGCCAGAAAAACACAGCAAGGAUGAAAUUAUUUUUCAAGUGGUCUUGGAACAGUUUAUGAUCAAUAGACAUUGCAGUGACCGGUCUACUUUGAAGAAUAAAUGGGAAUCAUGUGGCAGGAACCUGGAGAAAUUCAUGGAAGAUCUGAGUGAUAGUUCUGUGAAGCCACCUGGCUUAGUCCACGUCCACAUGAAGGGUCAGGAAGCCCUCUUUUCUGAGAAUAUGCCCUUAAGAGAAGUCAUCGUUCAUUUCAUGAAACAAUUGUCAGCAGGAACCCCAACAGAAGAGAACAUGGGGACACCCUCCUGGACUUCCCAAGAUACUUCCCUGGAAACAGGACAAGGUGAGUGGGGGUAAGCCAAGGUACCAGAGGGAUGAGAUAAAGCAAAUGGCGACAACAUUUAUCACAAUGACGGUAUUACUAGUCAAGGCAAUGCAAUACCUUCCCUGUUCAUUGUCCAUGAGGAGGACUGUCCUCAGCCUGAAGAGGACAGUGUUUCUUUGAAGAAUCUGCUCAGCCCUGGAAGAGCGGGUCUAGGUACGUCCAAGUCCCAGGAAGGGUCCCUGCAAGGACGCCCAUAUCAAGAUGUCCUGAUGGAGGGGGCACCAGGGUUUCACUCUCGGUCAACCCCAGUCACCCCUGACCCUGUUUCUACCCACCAAAAAACCGAGGGGAAUUCCACAUGUAGGGGACCCCAAGAAAGAUUCCGUGAUGCCCAAAACUCCUACAGAUGUGAAAAAUGUCCCAGGAUCUUUAGGUAUUUCUCUCAGCUAAAAGCCCAUCAGAGAAGACACAACAAUGAGAGGACAUUCAUUUGUGCUGAGUGUAACAAAGGCUUCUUCCAAGCGUCAGACCUACACGUGCAUCAGAAGAUUCACACAGAAGAGAAGCCUUUCAGGUGCAGCACAUGUGAAAAAUCCUUCAGCCACAAAACCAACCUUCUGGCCCAUGAGAGAAUCCACACGGGUGAGAAGCCCUAUGUAUGUGCGCUUUGCCAGAGAAGCUACCGCCAGUCAUCCACCUACCACCGCCACCUGAGGACUCACCAGAAAAUUGCCGUCAAAGGUACUCCUUCCACAUCAGAAGCUUCCUCAGCUGUAGCCUCAGUGUAAUGCUAUGUGAAUAUGUAUGGAAAUACGUAUAUUUCCAUAGCACCUCCCUAUUUAGAACAUAUAAUUUCCUGAUUAUAUUUUCCAUUUAUUUUCUUCACUAAAAUGUAAGUUUAAGGAGGAAUUUCUGUUCGUUCACUGGAGUGUAUCUCAGGUGCCCAGAAAAGUGGCUGACAAAAAAUUCAAAUAACCUGCUGAAUAAAUGGAUGAAUGUGUAAUGUUGGUGU